AUGUCUCCUCCGUCGCAAUGGUCAUCCUACACCGACAAAAAACCGGUCGAUUCGUCUAAAAGUGAGCUACGCGACGGUGAGCUCAGUUUCGACCAAUCGACGAUACACCACACUUAUCAAAUGACGUCAAAUGAAGACAUAACUUCAAGAAGUCAUGGCCCAACAAAAGUGAAAAAGAGUACAGUAGGAGAUGCCACGUCAACAACGUCGAGUAAAUCAAAAGGAGGCCGAUCACCGAGAAAAUCAAUUCCAUUUGUCUCAUCAAAAUUUUGGCUUCGACUAGUUCGACCAUGGAAAUGGAGAAAUUUGAGGCGAAAAGUCCGAAGAAGUGAUAGUGAUAGAUCGUCAUCUGCAAAUCGCGUUAAUUCAGUGUCAAAUAUCCCGACGACGUCACCGUCACUUCCAGAAUUAUCGUCUAUUGUUCGAGAAGAUUCUGUAGAAAUUCCAGCUGGUGGUAGUAAUGACAACUCGGAAGCGAUCACCUAUCGACCUGCUACCUCUCAAUACACUUCUGUUUCGAAUCAUCACACGACUGAAAACAACUCGCCCCAAAAUCCUCAACCACUGAUUGUUGAUCCAACCCACAUUUCGAUUGUUCGCACACGUAUUCAAGAUCCUCAACAAGAAUCCACGUCAUCAGAAGUACAACGUGUUCAAUUUGUCCAAUCGACGUCGUCAUCUCGUCCAUCUGGAGAUCAAGCAGUUUUCAAAGCUCCACCUCCCCCACCCGCUCUGAUAAUACAACCACCACCAGAAUCGAGAGAUUCAGAUGAAGAGAAUAUAAAUUACGACCAAAGUACUGAAUCUGAAGGGGAAGACGGCGACGAAUCAGAAGAAAUGAAAUCUUCUGGAGUUGUGAAUGGAAGACGUGGAGAAUUGAGUCCACAAACAUCGAGAAUGUUGAAAGAAGGAUAUAGGAGAAUUGAGGCAAAAGAGCCUAAUUUUAUGGCCCAGCCAGAUAAACCAGUCUUAAGAAGACCAGGGCAGCCGUCUAGGUUGAGGCUCAAUGGAAAAACAGGUCGCACUUCCAAAGACGUGGAACCAUCAUCAUCAUCGAAUUAUCAGUCAGAUCAAAAUCAUCCAUCAAAAUUGACAGAUGAUAGUGAUAGUGAUGCACCAAUCCAGUAUCGUGAUGAUCCAAUUUCACUUGCUGCAGCUGCUGCAAGACGUGCUGCAAAUGUUGCACCGCCUGGAUCAUCCACUGAUUCAGAUACUGGAGAUGACGAGGAAGAUGUUCCGAUUCCAAAGAACGGUCUCGCAUCCAAAGUGGCUCGUCGUGAUACAAUUGCACUCAAGUUAGAUGCUCCACCAUGUAAAGAUGAUAUAAACGGACAAACACCGGAUGACCGAAAGAAAUUAAUGAAAACGGCGUCAAUAAAAUUGGCACGAAAGCUGAGCGAACGUCCGACACCUGAAGAAUUGGAGGAUAGAAAUAUAUUGAGAAGACGUGGAAUGACAUCAUCAGAAGCAAUGGAAGAGAAACGAAAACUUCUUCUGAGAAAAUUAUCAUUUCGUCCGACGAUUGUACAGUUAAAAGAGCAGCAGAUCAUUCAAUUCAAUGAUUACGUUGAAGUAACACAAGCAGAAGUAUAUGAUAGAAAAGGUGAAAAACCAUGGACAAGAUUGACACCAUCGGAUAAGGCCAUGAUUCGAAAAGAAUUGAAUGAUUUUAAAGCAACCGAAAUGGAUGUUCAUGAAGAAUCAAGGGUUUUCACAAGAUUCCAUCGAUAA